AUGAAGAAUAUCGUUCUUGAAACGUAUAGCGGAAAGGCUGACCCAAAGGAGCACCUGCUUUAUUUCAACACGAAAAUGGUAAUUAGGGCUGCUUCCGACGCGGUGAAAUGCAGGAUGUUCCCAUCGACGUUUAAAGGCACAGCCAUAGCUUGGUUUAUGACUCUACCUCGGGGAUCUAUCACAAAUUUUCGAGACUUCUCAUCAAAGUUCCUCGUCCAGUUCUCCGCGAGAAAAACCAAGCAGGUAACGAUCGAUAAUCUAUACAAUGUCCGCCAAUCAGAGGCCGAAACUUUGAAACAGUAUGUGAAGCGAUUCAGCGCGGCGUCUGUUAAAAUUGAGGAGUCAGAACCACAUGCCUGCGCGCGCUCUUUCACGAACGGGUUGCAGCCAGGAAAUGUAAACAGUAAGUUGAGCCGUAAGCCGGUUCGGUCGAUGGCAGAGAUCCGGGCGAGGGCAAACACCUACAUCUUGGACGAGGAGGAUGAUGCUUUCAAAAGGAAACAUGCAAAAAUGGAAAAGGAUGGCGAUCAGAGGGACGCAUCGUCAGAAGGCAAACAAAGUAAAGAAAAAGGAGAAGGUGGUAAGCUAUGA